GUGGAAAUUGACCAAAAAACAUGUUCAAGUUCGUGGGUUUUCUGCUGCUGAUGAUCUGGAGUCAGGCCGUCUGUGGUGAUGACGUCACGGACGGAACUGAACUGGUGUUGAGCUUUCUGGUCCACAGACAUGGUGACCGGACACCCAUGGGAUCCUCUCUCGCGCUCUCAACUGAUCCCGUGGCUUUAGAGGAGCUUUCAGCGCCAUACGGAUAUGGUCAACUCACGUUGGCCGGAAAGAAGAGAGCUUUCGAGCUUGGCAAAUUCAUCCGGAGUCGCUACGACGAGCUCUUGUCUGAUAACUACAACCGAUCAGAAGUCUUCAUCAGGUCUACAGACGUUACCAGAGCUAAGAUGACCAUCCUCUCAGCUUUGGCUGCUAUCUACCCUCCCACUGGUAAGAAUUGGAAUCCAGAUCUCGCUUGGGAGCCAGUUCCUUAUACUACAGUACCUCUGAAAUAUGAUUUUAAUACCGCCUCCGUCAACUGUCCAACUUAUUCAACAGCUAGCACCUCGUUGUACUUAAUACCUGAUCCAGAAUACACGGCCAAAUACAGUGAUGUUUUGGCUGCGUUGUCUAACCAGUUGGGCUUCGACAUCUCAAAUUUACCAGUAGUUGUGUACGCCUUAUAUGAUGUCUAUGCUAGUCAGCGAAGCCUUGGUUUACCGUUGACACCAGAACUUGAAGCUAUUUUCGAUGACAUAGAAGAAGCCGCUGGUGACUCCAUGGAUUUGAGUUUCGGAAAUGAAGCUUACAUACCUUAUCAAGCAGGAGUACUUCUCGACGAGUUCUACACCUACGCCAACGUGGCUAUUUCUGGCGUGAACACCCCAAGGCUCAGGAUCUACUCCGCUCACGAUUUCAACGUCUUCUCCUUCGAAGCGGUCACCAAGGUGAACAAGCAAGGAGCCCCAAGAUACGCUUCAGCCUACUCUUUGGAACUUAGAAGGGUUACUGCCACUGGGAAAUAUGUUGUUUUGCCUGUGUAUCUGCCGUCACCUGGAGAAGACGUGGUCUACCUUCAAGUGGAAGGCUGCGAUGUCCUCUGCGAUUAUGAUCAGUUCGUGGCGCUGACAGAAGUCAAUGCCAGAGACAUCGACACCUGGAGAGAAGAGUGCGGCUUCACAGAAGACUUGGUGGCUGAUGAGUCGUCUUUUGAAUGAGACAUUCUUCUACAUCAUUGUUACCCUCUUGUAAGAGGUCAUAUAUUAUACUCGUAUAUUGUUACAUUGUAACCUUGUUAAAAAUAGCUGAUUCGUUAUCGAUUUCACAAAAUUUUUCGGUGCAUUAUUUAUAAAUUGUGAUUUCUGUUUUUUUUUAUGGUUUUACUAUUUUUUUGAAAUUUUAAAUCUACUUUUGAACUUCUAAUUGAAAUAUAAUUUAUACAUUUAUAAACUCAGGUUUCAAUGCACACGUUUCUUUUUAUUAUCGACGAUUGAUUGUUCGAUAUAUAAUUGAAUUUUGACAAUACAAAGGUAUGCUAGUUAAAAUCUGUCAAAUUUGUUAUUCAAAUAUUAAUCUUUUGAUUUUGAAGUAUGACAUGUCCGCCUGUACCGUUGUUAACUUAUAUAAAUUUUGUUAUCAUGUUUUAUAUUGUUUAUUCAAAUACAAAUUUUGCGCUUGCGCAAGUA